GACUUGUGUUAAGUGAUGAAGAGAAAAAGAAGUAUGCUUUACAAGAGAUUGAUAACCUAUUGAGGCGGAAUGGGGAUUCACUAGAAAGAUUUACCAAGAUGCCUGCGGUCUCAGAAUCAAGUACAAAUGAUUCUAACGUCCUUAUAUUAGAUGAGCGCAGUUAUCCCCGUGAAGCAUUGUUAGAAACUCUUGAAAGAGAUUCUCCAAAAAUGACUGAUGAGCAAAAGAAAAUAUUUCAUGAGAUUACUGAUGCUGUCACAGAAGAACGAGGAGGGGUGUUUUUUGUAUAUGGUUUUGGUGGGACUGGAAAAACUUUCCUUUGGAAGUUACUAUCAGCAGCUAUCAGAUCUAGAGGAGAUAUUGUUCUUAAUGUUGCAUCGAGUGGAAUAGCUUCUUUGUUGUUACAAGGUGGUAGGACUGCUCAUUCAAGAUUUGGUAUACCUCUUAGUCCAGACGAGUUCUCAUCAUGUAAUAUGGCUCAUGGAACUGAUCAAGCUAAUUUAGUAAAAGAGGCAUCACUCAUUAUAUGGGAUGAAGCACCUAUGAUGAACAAGCAUUGUUUUGAAGCUUUGGACAGAAGCUUAUCUGACAUUAUUGGGAAGCACAGAAAUAAACCCUUUGGAGGAAAAGUAGUUGUUUUUGGAGGUGAUUUUAGACAGGUUCUACCUGUGAUAAAUGGAGCUUGUAGGCCAGAGAUUGUAAACUCAGCAUUGAAUUACUCAUAUCUUUGGGAGCACUGUAAAGUCUUGAAACUCACUAAGAACAUGCGGUUGCUGUCAGGCUGUUUGACAACUGAAGAGGCAAAAGAUCUUAAGGACUUCUCUGAAUGGAUAUUAAAAGUUGGUGAAGGAAAACUAGCCGAGCCUAAUGAUGGUGAGGCUGAGAUUGAAAUUCCUGCUGAGUUUUUGAUUACUAACUUCGACGAUCCAAUAGAGUCCAUCAGUAAAGCUGUCUAUGGUGAUUUCACAUCUUUACAAGAAAACAAGGAGCCUAAGUUCUUCCAAGAAAGAGCUAUUUUGUGUCCUACUAACGAGGAUGUCAAUACAGUUAAUGACUACAUGUUGGAUCAGCUUGAAGGUGAAGAAAAGAUUUAUAUGAGUGCAGACAGUAUUGACCCAAUUGAUAAAUGUUCAAGGAAUGAUGAAGCACUUGGACCUGACUUUCUCAACAAAAUAAAGGUUCCUGGUUUGCCAAACCAUAUUCUUAGACUCAAAGUUGGUUGUCCUGCUAUGGUUCUAAGAAACAUAAAUCCCAGUGUUGGGUUAAUGAAUGGGACAAGAGUUCAGAUAACUCAACUUAUGGAUUUUAUGGUUCAAGCUAGGAUAAUUACGGGAGAAAAGGUUGGGAAGACAGUAUAUAUUCCUAGGUUGUUAAUAACACCAUCAGACACCAGACUGCCUUUUAAGAUGCGUAGAAGGCAGUUGCCUUUGGCUGUGGCUUUUGCAAUAACAAUCAACAAAAGCCAAGGGCAAUCACUAUCUCAAGUUGGUCUAUUUCUUCCAAGACCUGUGUUUUCACAUGGACAGCUAUAUGUGGCUGUGUCUAGGGUUUCAGACGUAGGUGCAUUUGGUGUCAUGUGA